CCAUCUUCCAGCCUCCUCCGUCCAGUCUCCUCCCCUCCCAGACAGUCCUAACUUCUUUUUCCCCUAGGCUGCAGUCAGCCGGAGCCCCCAGCCUGCCAGAGCCAAGAGCCCAGGUGGGGUCGAGAACCUCAGCUACAGGAUGUUGACAACACUGCUGCCCCUGCUGCCACUACUGCUCCUGCCCUGCUGGGCCCUCUGUAGCCAGGAAGCCUCAGAUGGCCCGCGGUACCUCCACAUGAUCCAGGUCUCCUACUUCCGCAACCCCUCUCAAGUGUGGCACCGGGGCAACGCGACGCUGGGGGGGGUCCUGACGCACGUUCUGGAAGGCCCGGGCAACAACGUCUCGAUUCAACAGCUGCAGCCCUUGCAGGAGCCCGAGAGCUGGGCUCUCACAAAGAACAGUGUGAAUCGCUACCUGCAGGAGUUCCUGGGCCUGGUGCAGGUGGUGCACCACGAGCGGGGCGUGGCCUUUCCUCUGACCAUUCGCUGCUUCCUGGGAUGUGAACUGCCUCCUGAGGGCUUGAAAGCCCAUGUCUUCUUCGAAGUGGCUGUGAAUGGGAGCUCCUUUAUGAGUUUCCAACCGAAGACAGCCUCAUGGACGGCAGGGCCUCAGGCACCUUCCAAUGUGGUCACCUACGCCCUGGAGCAGCUCAACAAGUACAAUCGUACUCGGUACGAACUGAGGGAAUUUCUGCAGGACACCUGUGUGCAGUACGUGCAGAAACACAUCACCGGGAACAACUCGAAAGGAAGCCAAAUAGGCCGCUCGUACACUUCGCUGGUCCUGGGCAUCCUGGUGGGCUGUUUCAUCAUCACUGGAGUGGCUGUAGGCAUCUUCUUGUGCACAGGUGGACGGCGGCGGUGUUAAUUACCCUCCAGCCCUCUCCGAAAAAGAGCUAGACUGAUGGGGCCUGGCAAAGGAAGAUCUCAGCUCACUGCAAAACUGUACAGAUUCUCCAUCUGGGACAUUAUACUCCAGAAGAUUUAGAAUGGCAGCUCAUUUCUUCUCUGAGACCCGCCCACCAAGAGUUUGAGGGAGGGGAGGGGAGGAGCCUAGGUAGACAGGGUAGUUGGUUUGCUAAGAACCUAAGAACUGGCACCUUUGCUGAACUGGUCUGCGAAGUGAAUGCUUAUCUAUGUUUGUGGAAAACAGAUGAUGGAGUUGGGGCAACGGAGGUGGUCUGUGGCCCACCCAUCUUCCAAAGACAGAAUCACCUGAGGCGUUCAAAACACAUAACCAAAUAAAACAAGUCAUCCAUAACCCAAACAACCAACAUUCAGUGCUUCCGGGUAUGUUAGACUUGGGAAGGGACACUGGUAUUAUACAAUAGAGGUAGAAAUAACCAGAGAAAUGAUGGAAGUGUGCAAUCGAAGUAAUAUGGGAGCAAGGAAUUACUAAUUAAUCAAUUAAUAAUAACAUUAAUAAAAUUCCUUACUUAUGUA